CAUAUAAGCCUCGCCCAAUCAGCUGUCACUUCCAGUUGUGUCGCUGUGACAGAACCCACCGGUCUCUGACGGUGCCAGGAUAGUUCGUGUCGGUCCCGCUCCCGCCUGACGCCGUCAUGUCAUCCCCUGCAGCAUCCGGUGAUGGUGCGAGCAGUAACCGGCGCCUCCAGCAGACACAAGCUCAGGUCAAUGAGGUGGUUGACAUCAUGAGAGUCAAUGUGGACAAAGUCCUGGAGAGAGACCAGAAACUUUCUGACCUGGAUGACCGAGCAGAUGCUUUGCAGGCUGGUGCCUCACAGUUUGAGACCAGCGCGGCCAAGCUGAAGAGGAAGUACUGGUGGAAGAACUGUAAGAUGUGGGCAAUAUUAAUUGCAGUCAUUGUGAUCAUCAUCAUUAUUAUCAUUGUGUGGAGCGUGUCCUGAUGUCCAGACCACUGCUAGAUGUCAGCUGAAGUUGGCCUACAUGACGACGCAGCUCACCAUAUCCAAUCUGCUGUAACCAGGAGUCAAUAUUCUGAUGUCCAAUUCUUUUUAUUAGUUUAGGAUUGUGUUCUGUUUUUUUGUGUUUUUUUUGCAUUUCUUGUUCAGAGUUAAGUGCCUUUUCUGAAAUAUUGUACCCUCCAUAUUUUAAAUGCUAUUUAGGACAUUCUGCACAGUCUUAACACAACUUGUUCACCCUCUUGUUCGUGCUUUGGUGAUUAUAUAUUAUAAUUUAAUUAUUUUUGUUAUCUUCAGUCAAAAAUAACCUGUGAGUCAAAUAUUUGACAAACAGCCAGCCUCCCUGCCAGGGCUUAUGCCAGCUCUCCUGAUAUGUCUUUAUUACAAAUACUUGAAUUCCCCAUGGUAUAGCUAUUCUGGGGCAUGAUGUUGUUGGUGGUUUAAGCUCUUUAUGUACACAUUAGUGUAUUGUUGGCUGAACCCGCUGAGAGUGGUGGGUUCGGCCAACAGUCUAAUGCUUUUGGGGAGUUCCGAAAAGAUGUUAGGGGGGAGAAGGAUCAGGCAAAAUUUAUAUUUGUUCUUCCUAGAGAUAAGCCACCACCACUAGUAGUGUCUGGGAGUGACGUUCUGCCCUCUUAGGGUACUUUCACACUAGCUGUUUUUCUUUUCCGGUAUGGAGUUCCAUCACAGGGGCCCAAUAUC